AUGCUGACCGCCUUCAUUGCUCGACCCGUCGUCGAGUUCCGCCAGCGCGACAAGUCCAAAAUCGACUCCAUCCUCGCCUAUGGCGAUCGCCUGCUGGUCGGCCUUAGCACCGGCUGUCUGCGCAUCUACCGCCUCAACGAGCUGAACGACGAGCCCGAGCCCGACCCCGCCGAGGAUGGCGAUGACCCGCCCCGCCCGCGGCAGAAGCCCGCCGACCUGCUGCGCGAGGUCGAGAAGUUCUCCCGCCGCCCCGUCCAGCAGCUGGCCAUGAUCAAGGAGUCGAGCAUCCUGGUGUCGUUGAGCGACAACUACGUCUCCAUCUACGACUUGCAGACCUACGAGCUGCAGGAGCGCCUCGAGAAGACCAAGGGUGCCGCCACCUUCGCCGUCACCUCCAACAUCGUCAAGGACCCUGCCACCGGCAUUCCCUCCAUCGUCUCGCGUCUCGCCGUCGCCGUCAAGCGGAGGAUCAUACUGUGGGCAUGGCAGGACAUGGAGCUCUCCGAGGACACGGCUGAAAUCACCCUGGUGUCCACCGUCAAGUCGCUCACAUGGGCAACAGGCACCAGUAUUGUUGCUGGAAUGGAUCCCGGCUUCGUCAUGGUCGACAUUGAGUCCCAGGAGGUCACGGACAUCGUGAAGCCCAGUUCCUUGAGCGAUUCUGCCGCCCAGCAGCUCAACCGCUUCGGUGCCGUCAACACUUCUGGCAUGAGUUACAUGGCCAUGGGGAGCUGGGUGCCCAAGCCCAUGGCAACAAGGCUGGGUGACUCCGAGAUGCUGCUUGCCAAGGAUGUCAACAGUCUGUUCAUUGAUACUGCGGGCAAAGCUUUGGAAAAGCGCCAGAUUCCGUGGACCGUGGCACCCGAGGCCAUUGGAUACUCCUAUCCCUACAUGCUGGCUUUGCAGCCUCCUGCAAAGGGUGCUCUCGAAGUUCGCAAUCCAGAUACAUUGAACUUGCUCCAGACCAUCAACAUUCCCAGCGCAGCCUUCCUCCACGUCCCUCAGCCCAACAUCAGCCUGGCCCAUGCCGGCAAGGGCUUCCUCGUUGCUAGUGAUAGGUGUAUUUGGCGCAUGGGUGCUCUUCACUACGAAGAGCAAAUCGACGAACUUGUAGCCAACGGCCGCUAUGACGAAGCUGUCAGUCUCCUGAACAUGCUGGAAGACACUCUACUCAAGGACAAAGAGGGCCGCAUCCGAGAAGUGCAGAUCCUCAAGGCGCAGAAUCUGUUUCAACAGAGACGCUACCGCGAGGCCAUGGACCUCUUUUCGGAUGCCGUUGCCCAGCCCGAGAAAGUCAUCGCCCUUUAUCCGAAAUCCAUCGCUGGCGAUCUUUCUACUGUCGAAGAGCCUAGGGAUAGCGAUGCCGAGGCCGACCCUGAAGACGACGAAGAGGCCGCCCCGGCCGAAAAACACUCUGGCAACACCCUUACUAGAGCAAUGUUUGGAAGGCUGGUGGCCGAACAGAAAAAGACGGUAGACUCCGAUACUGCAUCUGUCCGUUCCUUCAAGGCAGACAGUGAUACGGCAAGUGUCAAGGGCAAGAAGUCGGCUGACAACCUUGGCGAGGAGGAUAAACCACUGCAAGGCAAAGACUUGAUCGUAGCAGUCACUGCACUUUUUGGCUUCCUGGCACAGACUCGUGCGCAGCUCCAGAAGUUCAUCAACUACGAUGGUACGCUCAAACAACCUCUUCCGCCCAAGGAGCAGCAGAAGGAAAACUACAAGCCUCCGUUCGCUCAAUUCAUCCUUCUCCCGGAAGACUCGGAGGAGAUUGGCUGGUCUGAACGACUGCAUAAAGUGGCGCGCAUCACGGAUACGACUCUGUUCCGCGCAUACAUGCUUGCGAGGCCCGGAAUGGCCGGUCCUUUGUUCCGUCUCGACAACUUCUGCGAUCCUGAAGUGGUCCGGGAGAAGUUGUAUGAGAGUGGUCGAUACACGGAUCUCAUCGACUUUUUGCACGGUAAGAAGAUGCACCACGAAGCUUUGGAGUUGCUCGAGAAAUUUGGAAAAGACGAGGAUGGCGCAGAUGUCACGCCUGCACUUCGUGGCCCGCAAAGAACCAUAGCGUAUCUUCAGCAAUUACCACCUGACCUGAUUGACUUGAUUCUGGAAUACGCGGACUGGCCCGUUCGCGCUGAUCCCGAAAAGGGAAUGGAGAUAUUCCUUGCGGACACGGAGAAUGCGGAGACUCUGCCCCGGGACCGCGUGCUGGACUUUUUGCACGCAAUCGAUAUAAGGCUGUCUGUCCGAUACUUGGAACACGUUAUCAACGAGCUUGGUGACCGGACACCUGAUUUCCACCAGCGGCUGGUCGAUGAAUAUCUCGACCGACUGCUCAAGGCGAGAGAAGGCGAGGCGUUUGAAAGCGAGGAAGAACACAAAGAAUGGCGGGAGAAGCUGGAGGUGUUCUUGAGGAAUAGCCACCAGUACAAUAAAGCCAGAAUCUUCCGAGCCCUCCCACAAGACGUGCCGGACUUCUACGAGUCACGUGCAAUUGUUCUCAGCAAAAUGGGCCAACACAAGCAAGCCCUGCAGAUCUAUGUCUUCCAGCUUGAAGAUUACAACAAGGCGGAAGUAUACUGUAACCAUGUUUAUCUUACCGCCUCCCAACAACCGACUUUCGUCACACCAUCCAGUCGACCGCAGUCCCGCCACCAGGGCGUUUCACAACAACAAGAUCCAGAGGAUUCCGAGCCAUCAAUCUAUCACACCCUCCUCUCGCUUUACCUUACUCCGCCUCCCCCCCACAAAGCAAACUGGGAGCCGGCGCUCUCCCUCCUUUCCAAGCACGGCGCUCGUCUGCCGGCGUCAUCAACGCUAGAGCUUAUUCCAUCGGUGCUCCCGAUCAAGGACCUGGAAUCCUACUUCUGCGGCCGCAUUCGCAGCGCCAACAGCGUGAUGAACGAGGAGCGCAUUGUGUCUCAAUUGCGUGGGGUGGAGAAACUCGGGGUCGAGACAGCUCUACUGCUAGGUACCGGACCGUCAGGAGUGGUGGGUGGAAAGAAUAGAAGGGUAGUCAUUGGGGAGGACAGGCAUUGCAGGGUCUGUGGAAAGCGGUUCGGGAACAGUGCAAUCAGAGUAUAUCCUGACGGUACGGUUGUCCAUUACGGUUGCUUCAAUCGCGCGGGCUCUGUGCUUGGGCCCAAGAGAGGCAGCGAUGCGGGUUUCGGGAAGUUGGAGAUGGGGAUCCGCCGGUGGGAUACCUUUGGCUAA